AUACGCAUGCAUGGCAAAAUAUUUUUUUAGCUGUAAAUCGAAAAAGAGCCACAUCGAUUCAGCGUUAAUUGAUUGUAUCCAGAUGUACGCGAUAGCCAGGGCGGUGGAUCUUCCGUCGAAAAUCGGCGACCUCGAGGUUCUCAUAUUGAUCGUCUCCUGCAUCUGUCACGAUCUCGAUCAUCCGGGCUACAACAAUAUCUAUCAGAUAAACGCGCGGACUGAACUAGCACUGCGUUACAACGAUAUCUCGCCUUUGGAGAAUCAUCACUGUUCCGUGGCGUUCCGGGUCCUGGAGGCACCCGAGUGCAACAUCCUCGCGUCCUUGGACAAUCUUACCUAUAGAAUAGUGCGUGAGGGCAUUAUACGAUGCAUCCUAGCGACCGACAUGGCCCGGCACAACGAGAUCCUCGGCCAGUUCAUCGAUAUCAUUCCUGAAUUCGAUUAUACCAACAGAGCACAUAUAAAUCUGCUAUCCAUGAUCCUUAUCAAAGUGGCCGACAUAAGUAACAAGGCCCGCCCGAUGGAAGUCGCGGAACCAUGGCUGGACAAGUUACUUCAAGAGUUCUUCAAGCAGAGCAACGCGGAGAAACUCGAGGGUCUUCCGGUCACGCCAUUCAUGGGUCGCGACAAGGUGACCAAACCAUCGUCCCAGGUUAGCUUCAUCGGCCUAGUUCUUCUCCCCCUCUUCGAAGCCCUCGGCGAACUUCUUCCCGAGCUACAGAAUCUCAUAGUUCAACCCGUCAGGGAAGCUCUGGAGUACUAUCGCAGACUGAACGAGGCUGCCAAAGACGAACGUCAUCAUCGGAAAAGUGUCAUAGAUGUCGGAGAAUCAGGUAUAUCCAAUGCGCCGAGCGGCGUUGGCAGCUCGUCCGCCAUUAUCAAAUCCACGUCGUCGCACAGCAUGCGUUCAAAGCGAUCCGCCACGACAAUCCACUCGCACUCGCGCUCCACCGACAACGAUAUUACGGAGAACUUGACGAUGGAGGAGAUGGAAAAUGUCGAGAGCUCUGAUCCGGAGACCGCCACGGAAGUAGAGAUCAGCGAGAAGACGCUCAAGUUCAAGAUUUCCACCGAAGGCACACUGGUCGGCCCGACUACCGGCCGGAAGAGUUGCCCCAGCAGCCGCAAGGGCAGCCGGGAGAAAUCCUCGUUAGAUUAUCAUAAUCAGGAUCUGAUCAAGGCCGUUCGGAAACACGAGCGCGAGAGGAGACGCAGCAGCAGAUGCGAAAAUCUCGGUAGCGAUCUCAGUUUGCCGGUCAGCGCGAGAUCCGCCGAAGGCACGCGUAUUCUCGAGGAAAUUGAGAAGGAGGCGACAACAUUUCUAGUCGCUAAAAUUGAAGGCAGAGCGCCAGAGGAAAACGGUAAUAUCGUCAUGGCAGAGGCCUACUCGCAACCGAGGAACAACGUCAAGAAGGCCGGCACGGUCAUAGAGAAUAUUCACGAAAUCCGAUCUAGUCGUAAGGAUGCACACGGCAGUCGAGAAUCAAUCAAUCUGCGAUGUUGCUGCGACGACAGAACUGGGUCGAAUAAUCACAAGUCUUUAUUUUCACGGCUGAGAAACUUUACGGAUCGUCUGAGCAGCAGUUUUGACUCUAAGGAUUCGCCCAGUCCAAAACCAAAGCACGCGUCCAAGAUGCUCACUAAGAGCAACUCGGUGAGCAGCGGUUCCGCCGCGACUUCGAGGAGGCACAACAAUUCUUUGUUCAUCUGUAAGCGCUGCAACCUUGUUAAGUCUUCGAUGAAGGACAACAGCAAAGCUAUUGGAACUGUGGUGGAGUCAUCGUCGGUUGACAAACGAGCGAUGACUCUGCCCAAGGUUCGCAAAUCCACAGACAGCAAGAACAAAAGCUGGCGGACGGUUAGGUCUACUAAUCAACUAGUGUAA